CUCAAAACGAGCAUUGCGUUCACAUGAGAGGGUGGAAUACACACCCCAAUGAUGAUUAUUCAUCAGCUGACCGCCAAGAUGCAAGCUCCUCGAGUUUUCUGCAGGACUCAGAGAACUCUGGCAGGACUGUUUCGACACAGCUCGGACAUGGCUGAUUUUCGGGAGGUCUUCUCCAAGGCCAAGCGUGUGGCCAUCAUCACAGGAGCCGGGGUCAGUGCCGAGAGUGGACUGCCCACCUUCAGAGGUGCUGGUGGAAUAUGGAGGAAAUGGAAAACACAGGAUCUUGCCACGCCAGAAGCCUUCUCCCGCAACCCGUCCAGCGUUUGGGAAUUCUACCACCACUGGCGAGAGAUGACUCUGGCAGCGAAGCCCAACACUGCCCACCGCGCCAUAGCCGAAUGUGAGGCUCGUCUGAGUAAACAGGGUCGCUCUGUAGUGGUCAUCACCCAGACCAUUGACGGCCUACACCACAGCGCUGGCUCCAGACACAUCCUUGAGAUCCACGGUAAUCUGUUCAAGACCAGAUGUCUUAGCUGUGGAGAUGUGGAAGUGAACCGGAAGAGCCCAAUAUGUGCCGCUCUCGAGGGAAAAGGCUCCCCUGAUACUGAUGCCAUAGAUGCACAGAUACCUGUCAAUGCAUUGCCAAGGUGUAAGGAGCAUGACUGUAAUGGUUUACUCCGACCUGAUGUGAUCUGGUUUGGCGAGACGCUCGAUUCCCACGUCCUCACCAAGGUGGAAAAAGAGCUGGACUCAUGUGAUCUCUGCUUGGUGGUUGGGACGUCUGCAGUGGUGUACCCAGCGGCGAUGUUUGCCCCUCAGGUGGCAUCACGGGGUGUGCCUGUAGCUGAAUUCAACACCGGGGUCACGCCCAAUACAACGCGCUUUAUGUAUCACUUCCAGGGUCCAUGUGGGACCACACUGCCUAUUGCUCUGGCACGCCACGAGUCAGAGGUCAUCUAAGGGUCAGAGGGUCACACAGAACGUAUCUGCCCUCUGCCUCUGAUCCUGUGUAUUAAAAUACAGUUGGACUGAUGGACUGCUCUGGUGGAGUCUUAACGCACAGAAAGUGCUUUGGAGGAGGGAAAGCCAUGAACAACAACAACCCCAUCCACAUUUUUUGGAAAAUAGUACAAUCCAGUUCGCAUUUAUUCAAGAGAGGGCAAGGAUUAAGUGGACUUUGGUUACAGGUGGUUCUUGUCUCAGUCGCUAAGGAACUUCUCACAUAUUUGUUCCUCUUUACUGUAAUAGCUGUUGGACUUAUUACUUGUUAGAAACUUACAUUCCAUGACUGGAAGAGGAUUUAUCAAACAUGUAGGGUAUUUUUUUUUUGUCCUGGAAUCUAAUCUUUGUUUUUAAGAAAUAUCCAUAGUUCUUCAGUGAAAUGGACACAGUGGUGGGUGCAAAUGCAGUUCUUGGCAGCAUGUCCAUUUUAUUUCUGAAGAGUUUUUUCCCAUGCUGUUUUUUUUUAUUUUUACAGUGCUUCGCAGCCCUGUAAAAAAAAAAAACAGCAAAAAAAAAAAUUCUCAGACUUUAACAUGUGUAAGUAUGAAACUAGCAAUACAGCCAGUGCAGCAUUAUUCAAAUAUAUACAUGUAAAAUCGUGACAUUUUGCAUUUUACUGCAGUGACUUUGAGAGCAGAGCCCUAGGGGUCUUGGGUCACACUGCAGCCUCAGGCGUUCAGGCCACACAUGCUCUAGGACGUAUGACCCUGCUCUGUCCACCAUCCAAAUGGUCACAAAACUACUGCCUAAGAUAGCUUAACAUACAUCUCACAAGCUUAGCAACUUUAAACUGAAAUGAAGAUUUUAUACACAGAUUGAAUGCUCGUUUGGGAAAAAUACAUUUGAAAUAUGCAUUAAUGUUCAGAUUAAUAUAUUUGACUUUAGUCGACUACCUUUGCACAGCUGACAAAGUCUUUUACUUAAUCUUUUGACCUCUAACAUGCACUAAAACCGGUGUUUACCUAUGGCCACUACACAGCCCAAAGGGUUAUAGGGACCAAUUCAACACAUGCUGCCUUACUGCUGUACAUACAGGAGUACUUAUGUGACCAAAAUAUGUUCUCAGUGUUCUCGCUCCCUCUCAAACACACACACGCAAAUCUGUAAUUGUCCAAAUGACUAAAGCAGGUGUAAGAUCUUCUCUUGAUAUGAAAAGGUGGUGGUGCCAUGCUGUGAGAGAGAGAGGUAGAGAAGACAUUCGCAUUUGUUAUAAUAUAACCUGCAUCAUAAUAUGGGUUCUACAGAUGCAGUUGAAAUACUGGACAGAUGGGCAGGCUUAACUAAAACACUGUUCCAGACACAUUCCAAACCUCAGCAGAAAUAACGGUAAAAUCAUCACAAAAACGCAUCAAUCUGUCUCCUGUGUUACUGUUUACAUGGCUUUACCACACCUUACAAGGAAACGCUAUCGCUUCCUCAGAAUUUCAGCCUUGCCAAACAUAAUUCCUGAAGGAAACACGGUCGUCGUGACUAUUGCUGAUCAUUCUUGUCAUUAUGAAACAAACCAAACACAACUAGGAAUGUUUAAGUCAUAAUUAUGUAUACAGCUUUAAUGUUAAACAGUCUGCUAUCUCUGCUCCACACUUUAUGUUCAACGUUACAUAAUUCAAAGCAAUUUUUU